AUGGGACACGGGAUCCAUCAAUCAGGCGAGACCGUACGAUUCUUGAUUCACCUCUUCAAUGGAAGAUGGUUCAUGGUCUUUGCAUCGUUCCUCAUCAUGGCUUGCGCUGGAGCCACUUAUCUCUUCGGUACUUACUCUAAAGAUAUCAAAUCCACACUCGGUUACGACCAGACAACGUUAAACCUGUUAGGUUUCUUCAAAGAUCUCGGAGCAAACGUAGGAGUCAUGUCCGGACUCAUAGCCGAGGUCACACCGACUUGGUUCGUCCUAACCAUCGGCUCGGCGAUGAACUUUGUCGGUUACUUCAUGAUCUGGCUCACCGUUACAGGCAAAGUAGCGAAGCCAAAGGUUUGGCAAAUGUGUCUCUACAUUUGCAUCGGAGCCAACUCUCAGAAUUUUGCAAACACAGGAGCUUUGGUUACUUGUGUCAAGAACUUCCCUGAAAGCAGAGGAGUUAUGCUUGGUUUGCUUAAAGGUUACGUUGGUUUAAGUGGAGCAAUCAUGACGCAGCUUUACUUUGCGAUCUAUGGUAACGAUUCAAAGUCUUUGAUUCUGUUGAUCGCUUGGUUACCUGCUGUGGUAUCGCUUGUGUUUGUGUAUUCCAUAAGAGAGAAGAAGGUCGUGAGGCAGAGGAAUGAGCUGAAUGUGUUUUACAACUUCCUUUAUCUUUCAAUAUUCUUGGCUUUGUUCCUCAUGGCUAUGAACAUCGCUGAGAAGCAAGUUCAUUUCUCUAAAGCCGCUUACACGGCAAGCGCUACGAUCUGUUGUGUCUUGCUCUUUGUGCCUUUCACGGUUGCGGUUAAGCAGGAGAUUGAAGUGUGGAACAUGAAGAAGCUGCCUGUGGAAGAGCCAAGUGAGGUUAAAGUUGAGAAACCCAAGAAAGCAAUUGAUCUUGAUCAGGACAAAACCGCUGAGGCGGAUCAAGAAGAGAAGGAGAAGAAAUCUUGUUUCUUGACGGUUUUUGAUCCACCUCCAAGAGGGGAAGAUUACACAAUACUCCAAGCAUUGUUUAGUAUCGACAUGAUCAUCCUUUUUGUGGCCACUUUCUGCGGUCUAGGGUCGAGCUUGACCGCGGUUGACAACUUAGGACAGAUAGGGGAAUCACUCGGCUACCCGAACCAUACGGUUAGCUCUUUUGUGUCUCUAGUUAGCAUAUGGAACUACUUUGGUCGAGUGUUCUCUGGUUUUGUCUCUGAAUACUUGCUUGCCAAGUAUAAACUGCCAAGACCUCUCAUGAUGACAUUAGUCCUCUUACUGAGUUGCGCCGGCCAUCUUCUCAUCGCGUUCCCGGUACCUGGUUCGGUAUACAUAGCCUCGGUUCUAAUGGGAUUCUCUUUCGGCGCGCAACUUCCUUUGCUCUUUGCUAUCAUCUCAGAGCUUUUCGGGCUCAAGUACUACUCUACAUUGUUCAAUUGCGGACAGCUCGCUAGCCCGCUCGGGUCUUACAUCUUGAACGUUCGUGUCACGGGGAUGCUUUACGAUAGAGAGGCCUUGAAGCAACUAACGGCUCGAGGGCUAACAAGAAAAGAUGUAAAAGACUUGACUUGCUUAGGAAGUCAAUGUUAUAAGUUGCCGUUUGUGAUUUUGGCUGGAGUAACGUUCUUUGGAGCACUUGUGUCUUUGGGUCUAGCGAUAAGGACGAGAAAGUUUUACAAAGGUGAUAUUUACAAAAAGUUUAGGGAGAGUUCUGAAUCCGAAUCUGUAAUGGUCUCUGAUUUAAGAAAGUCUUGA